ACAGACAGAUAGACAGACAUGUAACAUUAUUUUCAUUUUCUGAUACUGAGAGAGUUGAUCAAACAGGACGCAUUGAUCAUCACUUUUCUCAACACACACUCCUUGGACGCGACACCCACGCACGACGUCCACAACCAGUCUUUAUUCCCUCCCACCAUCUCCUCUCCCCUCGCCUUUCGUCGCUCAACGUCGGCCAGUGCGGGCAGACUGACGAACGCUUCCUGACUUCUUUUCCCUUCGCGCCGAGAGUCGGCUGCUAGUGCGCGGCAAACAGUCUCUUCUCGCAGACUCCCACCCUCUCUCUCUCAGCUAGACUCAGCUCAAUCCACGCCCGCCCUUCCCGCUUCGUCGCCCUUCCGUCCCUAUCGUCGCCCUCACUCGUCGAUAAUGCCAACGAUGUCAUCGCAUACUCUCCCGUCCUUCGCCCAGGCGUUCAGUGCCCUCGACGACCGUGACCGUGCGCUCCCGCCAAUCCACUCGCAUCCUCACUCACCCUACCUCCGCCACGAGUCCCGCAAUGAGGCAAGACACGACUCGCACGGCCCUCCGCACCCUCCUCCUCCGUCACUUCCUCCGCUAAAACGUGAUAACAGAAAACGUCCGCUGGAACGAGACGAUUCCUCCGAGCCGUCUUCGCCGAGGAUCGUCAAGCAGGAGCAGGACGUUGACCAGCUCGAUCCCUCGCCUCCGCCGCCUCAGUCAAAGCCAUCACCACCCAAAGCUUCUUCGCCGGCAAGACCCCAACGAACUCGUCAGCAACUACACCUCAACACCAACGUUGGCAGCGCAAGCAGCAAUAGCAAUAAUGCAACAAAUAAUGCAGGUGCAACAGCAGUACCGGCGUCAACGACUACGAAUUCAAACACGACAGCGACGACUACGAAUGCAAAUGCAAAUGCGGCACCACCUCACCCACCGCCUUCGCUUGUUCGCCCACAGCAACAUGCCGCGAAGCGAAGGCGUGUCACCAUCAGCGGCGUCGCUCACCCGAGUAUGCGUGCAGCCAUCUCAUAUGGAGACGGCGUUGGCGAUCCAGCGCAUGCUCAUGCACAUACUCCGCCUCCGCCGACACAUACCGGUCCGAACACACCCAUCUCGCCCGUCGUGAUGGGUUUCACAAUCCAACGUGAUCCACAAGCAGUCGAGCAGGUCCGCGCCAUGCUCGCUGUCAAGCAAAAGCAAAAGGCGCUCAUUGAGAGUCGGCGCGGCAGCGCUGCGGGGCUUGCCGGUAUUGAAGGUGGUCGCCGCGGGUCAAAUGCGGGCAUCGAUGCUACUGGGCGUAGAGCAAGUGUCGCUGCACCGUCGGUUACGGUAAACAUUGUAAAUCCAACGCCGACGUCUGCAACCGGUCCUGGACCGGGAUCGGCAGCAGCACCGGUUGCGCCGCCUUUGAGGCGGACGGGAUCAAGCCCUAAUGGGCAGCGUCUUGGCCCGACACCGCCGACAAUGUCUCCGAAUGCUAGGGCAAAUGCUUCGCGCACCCGGAGUCCUUCUUUGCUCAGCGGCGCCCGGAAUACGAGUCCUACGCCUAACCCGAAUCAGCCUGCUCGUGCUGCACCGUUGCACCCACCACCACCAUCCUCAAAUCUCUCUCCGCCUUCGCACCAUUCACAUCCUCACUCGCACCCGCAAGGACAUCCGCAUGUGGCAUCGGGUCGACAACAGAGGCCGAGCCCACCAAGACCGGCUCCGCCAACUCCGGUGGCAUCUUCGUCGUCAACGAACGCCGCAAAUGCAUCAACUCAAGCCCAGAACCAGAACCAGGCUCCGACAUUUGUCGCCAGUCAGGGUCUCUCCGCACUAGCACACAAUCUUCCGCCACCGCCGAAUAGCUUCACGCGUCGCCGGGCUGGACAAUUGGGUCUCCGAGGUAAUAAACCUGCGGACCUAAUGAUUAGUCCACGCGAAUCCGAAUCCGUCCCCGCUCCGAAGACCUCGGCUAGUGGCAGUGCCACCGCACAGGUGCAAGCACAGCAGCAGCAGCAGCAAUACCAGCAACAGCAUAAUGAGCGGCAUAAUGCUCCCCUUCUGCAGACACCAACUCAUUCUCUCACUCAAGGACCGCCACACCGCGCGAUGCAUAUGCCGUCUGUGCCCGUGAACAGCAGCUUCAAAAACUUGCAGCCUGCUAUUCAGAGUGCUCCGCCUCGUCCCGGCCAGCAACCUGGUCGGUUCCCGAUGGCGCUACCGAGUCUUCCGCCUGCGAUGGGUCAGGCAGGAGCUGCUGUGCAGCGGGGUACGAGUGUACGCAAGGCACCUGGACAGGUCCCUCCGACACCGACGCGAUUGAGCAUGCAACGUGCCCAGGGAACGAUGGAAGCCACUCCUGUGAGGCUCUCACAGCCAACUGGCCUUCCACGCGUUCCGCGUACUGCGACUGCUGCUACGUUCGCUACGCCGCAUGGUACAUCUACUGGAAGUACCAGUUCUGCGCUGAUGCCUGCUACUCCGGCGACAAGACAUCGUGCGUCUGGCGCGGGAGCAAACUCAGAUAAAGCUGCCUUCCUUGCGCCAUUUGAGCAGUUCUUUGACGCGUUGAGUGAUGCGCAGGUAUUGAAGGGCUGGUUUAGUGAGCAGUUGCGUCGCGUAGGUGCUGUUGCGAAGGAAGGUGAAGCACAGGUUGCGAGAUUGAAAGCGGCUGCCGGUGAGGGUGGGAUUUCGAGGAAUGAGGUGGAGAGUCUUGUUAGGGAGGCCGUUCAACAGGAGGCGAGGAUGUGGCGCGAUGAGGUAUCUCGUCUGCAAUCUCAAGUUACAGAACUUCGAGAAACGAUACGUGAGCUGAGGUCGUUCGAGCCGUCUGCCUCGGCAGCAGGGGGGAGGAAUACGCAAAACCAAAAUCAAGGUGGCCGACCACCUAACGGACUUUCCCCUCGUCCGCCCUUCCAACCUACUCCACCCGUAAGCAGCGGAGGCACAACCACGACGACAACUGGAGGGUACCCAACUGCCCCAGGUGUAGAAUCGUACACCUUUCCACCCGUCCCUCGGCCUCCUACUACCGCGCCCGUGCCAUCAAGCUCCGGUACUGGCUCCAUGCAACAACAACAGCGCGCUGGUGGUCCACCACCACCAUCUUCAUCAGCUACGACGAUGGUAGACGAUGUACACCGACGGAGCGUCUCACCCCCUCCGAGAGAAGACACGAGCGCGUAUGGUGGAAGGAGCGUAUCAAGAUCGGCUGCAAGCUCGCCUGCUCCUUCUCUUGAGGGGAUGAGUGGGAUUGGAAGGAGGUUGUCGGUUUCUGCGAUGAGGUUUGAGCCGCAGUUGAAGCCUUUGCCUGUUAGAAGUGAGAGGCUGCCUCUUUCUGCGAUUAACGAAAAGGAACGGGAACGCGAGCAAGAGAGGGAAAGGGAGAGGGAGAAAGAGAGGAAGGAAAGGAGACCUGAAACGAGGCGGACGAACUCUACUAGCGGAGCAGGAGUGAAGUCAAUGACGACUAAAACUGGGAACGGAGAGGGGAAGACUGGUGGUGGUGGAGAGGCCAAGGACACCACGAAACGUCCGGACUCACCUAUGGACGAGAGCUAGAGUUACUCGUGCCAGUUCUUUCCUUGGUGAGAAUUAAACAAAAUGAACGGGUGUUUUUCUCUCUCUCUCCCCUUUUCCCUUUCUGUUCCGUUUUCUCUUUUUUCAUUUUUUCAUUCUCAAAUGUAUUAUUUAUAAACAUGUACAUCUCACUCAUCAUCCCCUCACGAUGCUUUUUUUCUCUUCCACUCAUCUGUGUACAUAAACGGUGCUCUCCCAUGUUUGUUUUUCACUCACUCGCUCACUCACCCUGCCAUUUCAUUUACCUCCUUCCCUCCCAAGCUCGCCCGAUUGGCUGGUCAACCAUUAUCCCAUCCCGCUCAUCCAUUGUCUCCGUUUAUCCCGUUGUCCGUUAUCUCCGUCUUCAUCAUGUCCAUUAUCCAUCAUGUUCCGAAUCUUGGUGUAAAACAAAAUCUUCAGUUCUUUUCCCUCCCUGUUUUCUUUUGUGGUGUGGUAUUCUUUUACUGUUUCACUUUCGAUUUCUGCCUUCUGUUGGGCUUUUUUGGUGGUACGUUUUAUUUGUUUUCUUCGUUCUGUUUGAUUCUCUCCUCCCUCUUAACUUUCUCUGCAUAACGGAUUGAUUCGAUUCGAUUCGAUUCGAUUCGAUUCGAUUCUGUUAUUUGACUGUUGACUGGUUUGAUUGAACGUUUGAAUUUGUGAAUUUUAGUAGUUUAGUUUUGCAUGCUCUCUUCACUUCCUCUCCUUCUCUCCUUCACCUGUGAUACAUCCAUCCAUCCGUCCAUCCGACUCAUUUGUGUUUUCAUCAUUUUACAUGUUUUU